UGUUCACACACAUCUCCAAGAUCUACAGCAGUGUCUUUCACUGAUCGUACUGACUUUCUUACAUCUGACUUUCUAUGCAACAAUGUGGCUGUCGUGGACCACCAGCUUUGCUCAUCAAAUUUGAUUCAGUGAGCGAGGGAGCCAUCAGUUAAAACAGUUAAAUGGCGCAGUUCCAUUGUCGCUGGCGUAAUGUGUUCAUCUGCUUGUGCAGCCCGUGCAUCUGUGUGGCCAUUCUGUUGUGCUACAUUAUGAUCAUGGUAUGUAUUUCUAUGAACAGCACGUCGACACCAGGGAUCCACAGCCUCAACAAAGUUCACUUUGUGGCCUCAGGAACUUUGAGGAACAAGAGCUAUGCACCCAUUGCUAAAACUUUCUGGGAUCUCAAAAUGAACAAGAGGGGCUUUUGGAAUAAGCUCCAGCAUGCUGUCGACGUCCAGUUCAACCCCAUCCUGCACCUCAACAACACCAAGAGGAAAUCUGUAAAUAUCGAGUCCUUGCUGAAGCAAAGUUUCUCUGAAGUUGCUGACUCAGACAGUGGGAGAAAACAUUUUGCAGUGCUAUCAGAGCCGAUGCAAGAAUUUGUGAGGUACAUGCAAAGGAGGGACUAUCCAUCCAUCAUCCAGCCAGAUGGUGUUUGUGGUGCUGGUGCAAAGGAUGAGAAGGAGCCCCCUCUGCUUCUCCUGGCCAUCAAGACAACAGAGCUGAAUUUUAAGAACCGGCAGGCCAUUCGGCACACCUGGGGGCAGGCGGGAUGGCAAGCAGGGCAUGAGAUGAACAGUAGUGGAGGAUAUAUCCGCAGGGUGUUCCUGCUAGGCAAAGAAGACCCGGAGAUACUCAGUGUGGAUGUAUCUCCGUUACUGAGGAUGGAAAGUAAACAUUACGGAGACAUUCUGCAGUGGGACUUCCAGGACACGUUCUUCAACCUCACCUUGAAAGACGUGUUGUUCUGGAACUGGUUCUCAAGCCACUGCAACAAGACUCUCUUUGUCUUUAAGGGGGACGAUGACGUCUUCGUCAACACCCCGAAAAUGAUAACUUACCUCCAGAAUGAGCUAAAUAAGCCACAUGCGCACAAGACUAUGAAAGACUUCAUGAUUGGAAAUGUCAUAGAUGCAGCCAUACCAGAGCGAAACAGUCUUUCCAAGUACUUCAUCCCAGAUUCCUUCUACACUGGUCUCUAUCCUUCAUAUGGAGGUGGAGGAGGGGUGGUGUACUCAAGCCUGUUGACCAGACGUCUACACCUCACGUCUAAAAUGGUCCACCUGUACCCCAUCGAUGACGUCUACGUAGGGAUGUGUAUGGAACGGCUUAACACUUACCCCAUCCACCACCCGGCAUUUCUCAGGAACGGCUUAACACUUACCCCAUCCACCACCCGGCAUUUCUCACAUUUGACUUUCCUAAGAAGGAAGGAAAUGAGCUGUGUUCAUAUCACACAAUCCUACUGA